UACAAUUCACAUUUUUGUUAAACCAUUUUAAAAACAGUUGUGCUGAUUGUUCACAACAUUUAUUCAAUAUGUCCGGUGAAAUGUUGUUUAAAAGUUCUGAACUUAAACUUGUAAUUUUAUUAUGAAGAAUCCUGCCUGAUAUACUCAUGUUUGCUCAUGUUUUGAUGAAAAUUUUUAAAUGUGAACGUUUGUAGCUUUGUAAUUCAAUCACAGAGGACUCCCCGUCGCUUGUACUGCAAGACCUACGCAUACGGCUGUUUCUUACAGUGGCACUGCAUGCUGCCUAGAGUGCGAUGCGUAUACAUAUGCUAUUAGAUUAGGGUUUCCCCUCUAGUGAGAUGAACUGAACGAGAGUUCAUGGCGUGGCAUUCUUCUUGUAUACAUGUCCUUGAAUAAACAUUGUUAAGUUUCCUUUAUUCAUUUGUUCUCCCCCUCCCCCCGGCCAUCAUAGCAAGAAUUUACCGUCACCCGUCUUUCAGGUUCAUGGUGUUCACGUGUAACACUGUUAGUAAUGUAACGCGCCGGUUUUCCUUUCUAAGCAUUUUUUUACCGAAAUGAACAAAGAUACGAUACGAUCAUGGACCUGAAAGACUGUGCAUUCAGAUAAGGGGAAUGAAGUGAACGCAACGACAGGAGGCAAAAUUUCGACCAUAUUGUGAUGUUACAGAAAUGUCUAUGGAUCAUAUGUUCUGUUCUCGAUGUCGAGAAGGGUUUGUAGCACAUGAAAAAAUUGUUAAUUCGCAUGGAGAACUAUGGCAUCCUCAAUGUUUUGUAUGUGCACAAUGUUUCCGACCAUUUCCUGAUGGAAUAUUUUAUGAAUUUGAAGGAUAUAAGUAUUGCGAACAUGAUUUUCAUGUUUUAUUUGCUCCCUGUUGUGAAAAGUGUGGAGAAUUUGUUAUUGGUCGAGUAAUAAAAGCAAUGAAUGCUAAUUGGCAUCCAGGAUGUUUCCGUUGUGAAGAAUGUGAUGGUGAAUUAGCUGAUGCAGGAUUUAUUAAAUGUCAGGGUAGAGCUUUGUGUCAUACUUGUAAUGCACGUGUCAAAGCAGGAGCACUUGGAAAAUAUAUUUGUCAUCAGUGCCAUGGUGUAAUUGAUGACAAGCCUUUACGUUUCCGUGGAGAGCUGUAUCAUCCUUAUCAUUUCAAUUGUACAGCAUGUGGUACAGAGCUUAAUUCUGAUGCUAGAGAAGUUAAUUCCAGACCAGGUUACGCUGCCAAUGAAAUGAAUGAAUUAUAUUGUCUAAGAUGUCAUGAUAAAAUGGGAAUUCCAAUCUGUGGUGCCUGUAGACGCCCAAUUGAGGAACGUGUAGUUACUGCAUUAGGUAAACAUUGGCAUGUUGAGCACUUUGUUUGUGCAAAAUGUGAAAAACCGUUUCUAGGCCAUAGACAUUAUGAGAAAAAAGGUCUAGCUUAUUGUGAAACACAUUAUCAUCAAUUAUUUGGCAAUCUAUGUUUUGUUUGCAAUCAAGUAAUAGCUGGAGAUGUUUUUACAGCUCUAAAUAAAGCAUGGUGCGUUCAUCACUUUGCAUGCGCAUUUUGUGAUCAAAAAAUGAAUCAGAAAACUAAGUUUUUCGAAUUUGAUUUAAAACCAGCUUGUAAAAAGUGUUACGACAAAUUCCCACAAGAAUUAAAGAAACGUAUGCGCCGAAUGUACGAUUUGAAUCCUAAAAAGAUACCAGCUUGAAGAAAAAACU